AUGGCAGAACAAUCGAUCGAGGCGCAAAUGUCUGCGCUCGUCCUCAAGGCCGACCCCGUCGCCAGUGACGACGGUGACGAAAACAAGCACCGCAUUCCGGACGACGCCGUCUUCCGGGUGACGACCUUUGGCAAGAUCAUCGGCCACAGCGACGUCUCAAUCCUCAACCGCAGUCCCUACUGGCAUCUACCUAAUUGGGCCUCACACCUUCCUACCGAUGGUGACCACCCCGUCGUGGACCUACUGGGCGGCUCCAAAUGGGGCCUCCGCGCCACGCCGCUGACAGAGGCACUGUUGCGCAUCGCGCAGGAAGCGUGUCAAUGUGAGAGCAUCAUCAUGUUUCGCGUCGAUCGCAUUGGCGGCGGCGAGGCGGCGACGUACGGGUCUACUAGCGAGAUGUUGGACUAUCUGCUCGUGCAGGUCCAUCCGAACGCAGUCGACUAG